AUGGAAGACAGCGACAGCGCACAAAUUGAUGCGCAGUCGGUCUCAGUGGCGUCCUGUGGCAGCCCCAGUGAGCCCACACAGCGUGACGCUAGCCUGCUCUUCUCGCUUCAAAUUUACGUCGAAGGGGUCACGUUAAACCUGGUAUCACCGUUUGUAUCAUCUUCCAACCCCUUGCUUCUAGCUUUCCAAUUGCUUCAGUACGAGAUCGUCGUUUUUGACGAUGCAUUGGCUUGUCCAGAGGCUUCUACUGCGCAGAUCGAACCUGUAGAGAUGAAACUGUGCCAUGGUAAAUCUUGUCUCUUCGAAGCGAAUCCAGAAGAGCUCCUGUGCGAACUGAAGCGAGAUGCUGAAGCGCCACUAACACUGCUACUACUAGCUAAGGAGCAUGGCAGGGCCCGACUCCGAGCUUUUGCUGCUGUGCCUUUAUCUCUAGACAUUGGACUGCUGGAUGAUGACGAGCUGAGCGGAAGCAGACUGCUCCGUAUCUGCGAAUGGGCGAGUCACAGCGGUUCAUGGGAACUCGGAGAUCACCACAAUGUAGGCGUGGGCAGUGUGACUGCAGUAGUCACACUGUCGUGUCUGGGAAAAGCACUAGCUCCACACCUGACGCAGGCACUGGGUGUUCAAGUGAAUAAGUCACAGCCGCCAAGUCUACUCAUGGAGAAGGAGACGACGGCGGAACCGGCGACUACCGAAAAUGUAGACGAAAAUGAGUUGAACGAGAACCACGCCACAGCGUCGGAUACAGCUGAAGACAAAGUCAUGAAAGUAGACAAGGAAGUCGAGAAACAGGAUUCGAGCGUCCAAUGUGAUGAAGAUAUGCUCGUUGAGGAUGCGAACGAGUCGAGUAUAGUAUCGCUGAACUUGCGAAAUUCUAGCAACAAAUGUGGUGACGCCGGAAAAGGAAAAUUGGCAAAGACGAGAACCAAGAAUCCUGGCAUUGGCGAGCACAUAUUAUACUACAGGAGAAGUUCAGCUCGAAAGGAUGCGUCGAGUCCACAGCACAUUCAUCAUAGACUCAUUCGAGACCCAAACUCUCAGCGAAACAUGCGCGCCGACGUUAUUAACGACGAACUGUUAUUCCCGCGAGAACUUCCUCCGCCGCUUUUCUUCAAGAAAGGAGCUAAAUCGUAG